AGGUGACACAGGUGGAGCAGGAUCUGGUCCGGGUCCUGAGUUCUCUCUUCCUUUAAUGGACAUUUCAAGAAAAGAAUGGACUUCCAGACUCUGGCUUUUCUCUUUCUCACCAGCGUCCAGGUCGCCUCAUGUCUGGACUCUUUGGAGCUCCUCAACCCCCCCCUCGAGGCACAUCCAAAUCUCCGUUUAAAAAUCCAGUACUCCUGUGAUGGACCUUCAACGGUGCAGCUGGAUUGCAUUGUUACUUUUGACACCGGUGCUGUCUCCACACUCCUUCUGAAGAAGUGGACCUGUGACCCCGGGGGUCGGAGGUCGAGGGCUGUGACUCUGCUCCUGCCUGACUGGUUGGUUUACCAACCAGAUGGGAUCGUCCCGGACUCCCAGUGGGUGCUGAGCUGCAUCCUCCGAGCUUCAAUCCGACUCGCUGAUGAGAGCGUCUCGACUCAGGACGCGGCCAGUUUACAGCCGCGGCCCGUUCUGAGUCGCCCGCUGAAGCAGCACCAGGUCUGCUUCCCCUGGAGUGAAGAGAUGCUGAAGCUGACGGCUCGGCCGUGGAGGAUCCACUGCAGGGUGGAGGAAGAAACGGUCCACUUCCUCUCUGGUGUUUUUGCUUCGACCGGUGAAAACUUUGGCGUCACCAAGACUCUUCAGCCGUACACCAGCGACGCUCUGGAGUAUUCAAGAGUCUCAUCGCUGUCCUUUCCUUGGUGCAUGUUCUCAGUGUGGGUGUUCGUGACCAGAGACUGUGAAUACAGCUUGUGCUCCGUCUUCCACCACAUCGACUCCCUGAACAACUACGCCACGCCGGCUCUGUUCCUCAAGGCCUCGGGCCACCUGCACGUGCAAGUGAGCGGAGACUCGCCGGACUCCUCGGCCUACGUGACCCCGUUCACCGUUCCUCUGAGCCAGUGGUGCCACAUCGGCGUGAAGCUGCACGGAAGAGCGGUCGCCGUCUCACUGCUGUGUGAGGUCGACAGGACUCUUCGCUCGACUGAACACAUGUUGAAGGAGGUUUACCUGGAUGACACGAACGGAUACUUUGUCAUCGGUGGAGGGAAAUAUACAAAAGGAGUGGAAGGUUAUUUUGGCCCUUUUGUUUACUACCGCAACAGAAUCCCACCUCACAGCCUGGCUGAAGUUGACCUUCCUGACACCAUCCGCAGCUUGAACUUGACGCAGUGGUCGCAGAAGUGUGGUGACUUCAGGAUGAAGAUGAAUUUCACCAUUAGGUUCCACUCACGGGGCAGCGAGUCUGACAGUUGCUUCGACCUGUUCCACGGGUGGGUUUCUGCGGACACAGAGGGAAGGUCAGAGUCGCGCUGUCAACCGUGGGAAUCAGGUGUGCGACACACAGGAAGCGCUGCCAAACUGGUGAAGCUGCUGAUGCAAAAACAUGGCGGAAGACGGGUGGACCUGCCAGCGCUGGGCCGAGCACUUUACUCCCUAUCGCUGCAUAAACUUGGCAAAGCCAGCGACCCUGGCGUUCUGUCGAAAAUGCUCCCGCUGCUACUCCAAGCCGGUUGCCUCGGAGCCAGCAAGGCUCUGCACGUGUCAUCCGUCCUCUGCAGUUGUGGCCUGUCAGUUAGGAAACAGCCAGAGAAGGCUCGUCUCCUGGCCUUGUUAGCAGCGCGGGAGGAUGAUCGCUUCGCGCUCCUGCAACUGGGGCACCUGCAUCACCUGGGCCUCCGGGGGGCCACCAGGGAUCCAGACCUGGCCUACGCUUACUACGCUAACAUUGCUUCACAGACCAUUCUGGAUCGCCACCAUCCCUCACCUCAACAGGCGUUUGUGGAGGAGGUUUACUUGAACAACGAGGAGGUCUUGAAUGCUCAGACCAAUGAGAACCACCACAUCUUCCAGUGGCUGAAGCAUCAGGCGCGCAGCGGCGCCGUGGAAGCAGAGCAAACCAUUGCCCGCAUGCUGUUCUGGGGUCAACAGGGAGUUUCCCCAAACAUCCAGAGAGCUGUGAGGCACUUUGAAAGAGGGGCGAUUCGCUGGGGGGACCCGGUCUCCAUGUACGACUAUGGCAUCACCUUGCUGCUGGGUCACGGUGUUGCUAAGGACGUUCCCAAAGCCUUGACUUUCCUGAAGAGAGCGAUGGACAAGGGCUACGCGCCGGCGUUCAACGCUCUGGCCUGGUACUACGAGCAGUCUGGAGAUGACUUUGAGGAGGCGGUGAGGCUGUGGGAGGAGGCCGAUCGCCUGGGCAGUCCUGAUGCUGCCUUGAACCUCGGCGUGCUGUACUCAACUGGCCGCUACCCUGGACAAGCACCUGACCAGUUCAUGGCCUUUAAGUAUUACCUGAAGUCUGCAGAGAGGGGGCACCUCAGAGGGGCCGUCCAGCUGGCUGACAUCUGGACCACCGGCAUCCGUGGUACCGUGGACAGGCGGCCGUCUGACGCAGUUUUGUGGGUGAAGUGGGCGGCUGAGCAGAAUGGAUACAUGGGAACCGUCCUGAGGAGAGCCCUGGAUUCUUACCUGAAGAAGGACAUGCUGAGCGCUCUGUUCUACUACAUGCUGACGGCAGAGAUGGGCUUCGCUCCCGCACAGUUCAACGUGGCCUAUCUGUGCGAGCAAAACGAGGGAGGCUUUCUGGAUCCUGCGUUCAGACAGUACUGCCUGACCCGAUACUUCAACAUCACAAUCCAAAGUCAAAACCCCGAACCCUACGCCUUGAUCCGGAUGGGCGACCUCUGGUACGAGGGGCGGGUUAAUGGGCAGAAGAAUUUGUUGUCUGCCGCGGAGAUGUACAAGCGAGCAGCUCUGCGGAAGGAACCACAGGGGUGGCACAGCCUCGGCCUUCUGGCUGAAGAUGGCUACAAGCUGCCGCUGUCUAUGCUGAUCGAAUUAGGCCUCUCUGAGCUUCACAUGGCGGAGAACAGCACGCUUCCAAUAGCUUUGUACAAAAGGUGCAGAGAUUCAGAGAACUCAGACUCCUACUUGCCGUGCAGCCUCGCCCUGGUCAGCCUCUACCUGCACCUGUUCCAAACUGAGUACAGAGACGUCAUGAAGUACUGCACUGCCAUUGUCGCCGUCACAGUUCCCACCGUGCUCAUUGUCAUCGCCGGUCUGCUCCGGAGACGCGCCUUAUCACGCAACCGUCAGCUGUAGUCGGCACUUUUCAG